UCAUUUGACUAAAGAAUGGCAGCCGACAAAGUAACAUUAAAUAAUGGAGUAAAAUGUCCAGUUCUUGGAUUAGGAACCUGGCAAUCCAAUGACAAUCCGGGAAUAGUGGAACAAGCGAUUCGUGAUGCAAUAGAUGUGGGUUAUCGGCACUUUGAUUGUGCUUUCAUUUACGGCAAUGAGAGAGAAAUUGGAAAGGCAAUUAGGGAAAAAAUUGCCGAAGGCGUUGUGAAACGAGAGGAUUUGUUCAUUGUCACUAAGCUCUGGAACGAUUCUCACAGAAAGGAAAAAGUAAUAUCAACUUGUAAAAAGUCUUUGAAAAAUUUUGGACUCGAUUAUGUUGAUUUAUACUUAAUUCAUUGGCCCACUGCAUAUAAAGGUUUAGGAGAAGGUUUACUUGGAUUUGUCGACGAAAAGGGUAAUUCAUUAGAAGACGAUGUGGAUUAUUUGGAUACUUGGAAACAAAUGGAGGAAUGUUAUAAACUUGGUCUGACAAAAAGUAUUGGAUUAAGUAAUUUUAAUUCUCAACAAAUUGAACGAGUUUUAUCGAUUGCCAAAAUUAAACCAGUAAUGAAUCAAGUUGAAUGUCAUCCGAAUUUGAAUCAAAAGAAAUUGAGGGAUUUUUGUAAAGAGAGAGGAAUUGUAAUUACAGCCUACAGUCCACUUGGUUCGCCAAAAAGAUCAUGGGUGAAACCCGACGAUCCUCAAGUUGCUAUCGAGCAUCCAAAAAUAAUUAAAAUCGGAAAAAAAUAUCAAAAAAGCCCCGCACAAAUAGUUUUGAGAUAUUUGAUUGACAUUGGAACCGUUCCUGUUCCCAAGUCCACCUCAAAAUCGAGAAUAGCGGAAAAUAUUCAACUCUUUGAUUUUAAAUUGACAAGUGAGGAAAUUAAGGAAAUUGAUAAACUAGAUUCAGGAUUGCGUAUAUGCCCAGCAGUGGAAUUGAAGAACCACAAGAAUUAUCCGUUUAACAUUGAAUUUUAAAGAAGAAGAAAAUUACAAGACAAGAGAAGGAAAUAGAAAAACUAGAAUUUAAUUAGAAGAAAAUUAAGUAAUUUUAAUAUGAAUUUGUGUAAUAAAUUAUGUACUUUGUAAAAAAUUUCGGUAUUCCAUACUUUAUAUAGUUUUUGGAAAAAUUGUUAAUUAUUCAAUAAAUAGAAAAAGGGGAAAA